ACCGUAGAAUGACAAAAUGUUGGGUGUUAGGUUAUAGAUGUUACACUAUUUCGUCAACGCUUUAGCAGUGACAUUCUUUCUUCAGGAGUGCUUCAGACUUUUGCAUAUUUGACUGGACUAACGAACAUUUAAAAUGGGAUAUACAGAGCCAAUGGAUGUGUUAGUGAGAAUGGAUAAAUUGGAUCCUUUAGAAAAGAAGGGAAAGAAAAAAGCGAUCAAAAGCAUUGAGAGCGUAAUCAUGCACAUCAACGUAAUAAGGACGCAGGCAGACACUAGUCUAAAAAAGCUGGAGGAGGAAUACGACGGGCUACGGGAUGAGAAGGGUAAACCUCUUGCCAAAGGAGUUGUUUCUUUAGGGAAGAAGAACGGCACCGAACCUCUACGACAGGUUUGCGCCCAAAUCGAGAAGUAUAUGAAGGAGUUGGAGGCAUUUAAAAAGAAGUUAUAGAGCGAGUUCACAAUUUUGACAUGUCCAAUCAUAAUAAAAUUGUCAUAUUAUAACUUUAGUUUCUAAUUUCCUGUCCAGUUAAUUGAUUACCUGCUUGCCUUUCAACUUUCUACCUUCUCCUUCUCUAAAUUUGUACGCUGCCAGAAGAGUUGAGAAGAAAUAAAAUGUUCAUAAAUGUUUAAAAAAAUAA